CCUCCUCUGAGCCCAUGGCCCGCGCCACCUCCAGUCCCCGCGCCCCGCUCCUCGGGGCCGCGCUGCUGCUGCUGCUCCUGGGGACCUCAGGCCGGCAAGCGACAGGUGCGCCUGUGGCUUCGGAGCUGCGCUGCCAGUGUCUGCAAACAGUGCCAGGAGUGCACCCCAAGAGCAUCCAGAGUGUGAAGGUGUUGGCCCCAGGACCCCACUGCACCCAGCCUGAAGUCAUAGCCAUGCUGAAGGAUGGACGAGAGAUUUGUCUCAACCCGGAAUCUCCCAUGGUCCAGAAGAUCAUCCACAAGAUACUAAACAGGUGA